AUGGUGACGAUGAACCAUGACUACACCAAGGGUCAAAUGAUCGGCCUGGCGAUUGGGUUUAUGGUCAUUCCUACAGCGUUCUAUGGACUUCGAGUCUGGGCGAAGCUACUCGUCAAAAGAUUUGCAUGGGACGACUACCUAACGGGAGCAGCGCUCCUGGUAUCAAUCACCUGCUGUACUCUGCAACUAGCUACUGCGAUUCACGGUCAUUUGGGACAACAUCAGCCCACGUUCCCCGACGGCUCCCCAAUUAUGGACGAUCCAGGGUUGAUCUUCUUCGAAGAGACAAAGUUUGCACUUAAUAUGAUUUCAAUCCUGGGCUUAGGGCUCGUCAAAUCAUCUAUUCUCUUGUUGUAUUACACCCUCUUCCCAAGCCAAAGGUUUCGAUACGUCGUCUUUGGGAUACUAGCCUUUGUGAUCGGAUGGACAGUCAGCUUCUUCUUCUCUCAUCUCUUUACUUGUUUUCCCAUCACGGUGUUCAUCGAGCCCUACUAUGGCAACUCGUGUGUUCAGACGGUACCGAUGUUCCUCGCGCUCCUAUUCACCGACGUCAUUGCCGACUUUGUUAUCCUCGUACUACCUGUCGCGAUGGUUCUCAAAGUCCAGAUGCCCCUGAAGAAGAAACUUGCAGUCAUCGCAAUGCUAGGACUUGGCGCUGCCGUCUGUGCCGUGAGUGUCACGAGGGUGGUAGCUACUUUUGCUAUCGCCGAAGAAUAUGUCAAGCAUCCUAACGAUGUCAUCUAUUACACCGCUCCCGUCUUCUUCUGGACCAACAUUGAACUGUCGCUGGCCAUUGUUUGCGCCUGUCUCCCAACACUCCGGCCAAUCUGGGUGCAUUUCUUCCCCAAGCCCAUUACGACAGGAAACGAUUCUUACGAGUACGGAUCAUCACGACGUAUUGGAGGGAAGAACAGUAUGAGAACACCGAGAACGCCAUAUGAAGAGCUCGAUGAAUUAGAAAUGAUUCGAAACGACGACAAGACGCGCUCAGGCUCCCCAGAAGGACGAGAGAUUCUGAGGGAGACGACGAUUCAUCAGACGAUUGAGCCUUCUGACAGCUCGAGUACUGCCAACUUAAGGACUAAUGGUGUUGGAUUAUGA